AUUCGACCACAACGCCACCUCUUCGGGGUUCUCAAGGGCUGCGUUGGGGUCGCCCACACCCCGGGGAACAUGACCUCAAUUUGGUAUUCCCUCUUCCAGCUACCGGUGCCCGUCAACUCAUGACUAGCGCAAGUCUACCCGACACAACAAUAACAUAACCUCACAACAAACAACUUUGUUAAUUCCUUGAAGAAUAGCAGAGUCUGUGAAGAGUGCCAACUCCUGGAGAUUUAUUCAGGGGAAUGUCCGACGAAAGCGAAAGGACAGUUGAAAAAAUUGCGUUCAAGAAACGAACAAAAAACAAACCCCUCAGGAAACGUCACCAAGACUCCGACGAAAGUGAUAAUGAAGAGGAGAAAGAAUCCUCAGUUCGGAAUAAAGUGGAGGAGAUGAAGACUAUUCAGAAGUUGAGACAACGUCCGAAUGGUGUCAACAUCACUGGCCUAGCCCUUGGUGAACAAGGAACUGCUGAAGUAACUAAUUCUUCAGAUCCCUUCAACACUAAAGCUGGGGGUAUGGUCAACAUGAAAGCCCUGAAAAAUUCGAAAUUCAAACAGGAUGAUGCCUAUGACACAGGUAUAGGCACACAGUUCAACGCUGAAACGAAUAAACGUGAUGAGGAUGAAGAAAUGGUGAAAUAUAUUGAGGAGGAACUGUCAAAAAGGAAAAAUACAUUGACUAAUGACCCCUCAAGUGGGCAAUCUGGGGGAAGAAAUUACUGCUCACCUGAAGAGGCCGCACUCCAAGCGGUCCCCGAGCAUCUGAGACAGAGUUCCGCCCACAGGAGUGAGGAGAUGCUGUCAAAUCAAAUGCUGUCGGGAAUACCAGAAGUCGACCUUGGAAUAGAUGCAAAAAUAAAAAAUAUCGAAGCGACUGAAGAGGCCAAGCAAAAAUUACUGUGGGAGAGGCAUCGAAAGAAUGAUGGACCAUCGCAAUUUGUUCCAACGAACAUGGCUGUUAAUUUUGUUCAGCACAAUCGAUUUAAUAUUGACGAUACAAAAACGAAGAACGACACUGCAAGAGCUGAGAAAGUUGACUCGAAGGAAGACCCUAAAGCUAAACGAAAGGACAGCAGUGAAAAGGCAACCGACGAUUAUCACUACGAACGAUUCAAAAAACAAUUCAGAAGAUUCUAGGCUGUUCCUCGCACAUGUUAAAUAAUUCGAUGUUUCUCAGUAAUUUGUAAAUAAAGAAUUAAAUUUUUUUCUGAGUA